AUGCUUUGGCAAGACGGUAUUGUCAAAGCCGUUAUUGAUUACCAGAUGGUGCAUUACGGGAACCCUGUUGAGGACCUCGUACGCUUGUUCACUACAGGGCUUACAGCAACUGACAGGAAGAGUCACACUACCGAACUCUUGGAUUACUACCGAAAACAGAUGACGUUGAAAAUGCCUGAAUUAGAAGAAAGCCUAACGGUGGACUGGCUUUCGUCAUGCUACAAGAAAAUUUUUCCAAUGGCCGGUCUAUGGGCCAUAGUUAGCCUUCACGCCUCGUUCGAAUCGACGACCUCCCGGGAAGUGCCGGACACCACCAAACUGAAGACAGUUAUCGACAAAAUCCAUGGUAUUGCAGCCGAAAUAAUCGAAACGGCCAUCUGUUCAGAAUAA